GCUGCGUCCUGCUAAGAGGUCAGAGCAGCCACCAGGCAAGGCUGUAGCAGUGUAGGGGUCAUUAUGGCAGCCCAGCCUUUGUUGUCCACACAUAAUCUGAGGAACUUCAUAAAGAUGAGGCAGUGACAGGACCCAGGCAAGGACCCUCAGGAGAAAAGUUGAGAAUGAAGGUGAUCCAGUCACAAUGUGGCAGGCCCUGCUUCCUAGUUCCAUGAGUACCCACAGAAGCUUCUGGAAAAUAAUUUGCUGAUGCCCAAAUUUCUCAUAGCAUGUCUUACCCAGAGACCACUCACUGGACCCCCUGUAUCUGUGGCUUCACAGGCAGGUAGGUACUCCUGUGACAAAACUCUCAAAACUCUCAGGAAUGGCAGGUCUCGAAGUGUCUUCCUUCCUUAAUUUCCUCCCCUUCCAAUCAGGGGGAAAAAAUAAAAUAAAAACAGGAAAAAAGUGAAAAUCACAGCUCUUCUUAGCUGGGUCCUCAUCCCUGCCAUUUUCUGGAAUGAGUCAACCCUGGACACCUGUCCUAUAUUGGAGGCAUAUCUAUGAGGGUCAGGGAUGAGGAGAAUGUUGUGUUACUGAGGUUAGGGAGUGUGUGUGUGUGUGUGUGUGUGUGUGUGUGUGAGAGAGAGAGAGAGAGAAACUGGUUCUGUGGCCAAACCCCUUAGUUUCUGGAUCUUUCUUCACUUUGCUCCUGGCUGUGAGAGGAACCAGAAUCCUCCUCCCCUCCCUUUCCUUGGGAGGGAAAAGGGACAUUUUGUCCACACAAAGGAGCCAGCAACCCUUUUCUGCAUAGACAAGGCUAUUUAUUCAAAGUUUCCCAUAAGACCAGCGAUUUCUUAUUCCUAAUUCUUCUCAGCGAACCAUACCCGAAAUGCCCAGUCCAACUCUUGACAACUCCCUGCUGCUCCCCACCUCCCCCAGUCACUGCCACCAACUCUCAGAAGUCUAAACUUGUGCGAUUUACAUCUGAAAACAGCACUUCAUAACCUCGUGAUUUGAGACAAGGAGAUGCUUCUGUCCUUUUGGGGAAAAACAAAACCCAAGUGAAAUCCUAAAACUCAGAAGAAAACACCAUCUCCCUCCAAAUGCAUUCCCUGGGCUCUGAAGUCACACGUGCUCUGUAGCAGAUACAGCUUUCAAUGUGUCUUUUGUUUGAUGCUGGUGUUUCAACAUCCUCAACUUGAAGAGGGAAAGGUCAGCAUGAGGCUUCAGGGUAUUCACAAACCCACCCAGCCUCUGCACCAGGGCCAGGAGCCACCAAGCGAGGGGCCAGAAAUCCCUCCCCAACCUGGACCCCCUCAAAAAGCAGCUGGGGCAGUGAAAAAGAGGGGCUUGUUCUCUCUCAUCUAAACUUCCCUGAUGGCUCACAAACGGCAUUCACACUCCUGGGACGGGACAAGGGCCAGUGAAGACAAGCUGGAAUUCACCAGCAGCCAGGCUGCUGAGUUCUUCAGUCCCAGCGCCUGCUUCUUUAUUUGUACCUUCAAAAAACAAUAAUAAGCAAACCCAGGCACCUCUGGGAACAGCCUCUGGCCUCCUGCCCUGCCCUGUGUAACCAGCCUAUCCUGACACCCACGAAGGAGGAGGAGAUGGCACUGGUUAACCCUCUGGUCUACCAGGCCCAGAUCCCAGGUUGCAGCAGAGAGACAAACUGUUGCUCAAGAAAAUCCUUUAGAAAACCCUUGGCACCAGGAGGCAGCUCCAAGCGGCUCUGCUCCAGGCACCAAGCCAGAGGCUUCCAUAGGCAGCUGCCCACUGCCCUUUUAAAUCCUUGGGGUUGGGCCCUACUCUCCCAUGCCCUGGGCUGUCCACCCAGGGGGCUCCAAAUGUCCAUGGCAGAGCAGGGGGAAGGGAAAGGCUGGCCGAGCUGUGCCCUCACCCCGCCAGCCCAGCCGCCAGCUUCUUGGAGGACCUCUGAGAGAACAUUUGUUUGGGCUGCCAAGUUAAAUCUUCCUCCCUCAUGUCAGGGCAUUGGAAAAGCAGUCAGGGGAGAGGAGAAGGGGGAGAACGAGCGGGGGAAGCAGCGGGAGGGAGGAAAGGAGAGAGGGAGGGAGGAAGGCGGGCGGGCUCGGAGCCCCAGUUACUCGGGCACUGCCUGCCCAGGAAGCUGGCGGCUCCCGGGCAGGCACAGCCGGGGUUACGGGCACCGAACCUGGGAUCGGGCGGCCAGGCCUCCAGGGUCAGGCGCCGGUGCCAGACGCUGCUGGCUUGCGCCUGGGGAGGCCGUGUCGCUCUGUGCCCUGCUGGAGGGGCGAGGUGCGAAGGGAAGGCAGAGGAGGAAAAAGUUUGCGGCAGUCCAGACACCAGGAAUGUGAAACAAGCUUCCAGAGCUUGCCACCCUCCCCCGCCCCAGCGACCCCAGACCCAGCCCCGACCCGGGCCGGCCCCCCAACCUCUGCCCCGGCCGGCCUCCUACUCCCCCGGGGCCACCGCCGCCGGAGACAAGAGGAAGAAAGAACACGGGAAAUUACUUUCGUAUUUGCAUCGCGCGCGCGCACACACACUCGCACACCUUCGCUGUGGGCGCUCCUCCUGGCCGGGGCAGUCAGUCCAGGCGUUAACCUGAGAGCCCCGUAGGCUUCCGAAGCACUGCAAGAAGCCCUACACACAACCACACACAGCUCGGCUUUCCUCGCGCCUACGGCGCGCCACCUUUCCCCGGGCAAUUCCCACACAAACAACUUAACCGCGCCCCCACCUCCCGUUUACAAAAGUGUAUGUUCUCCCUGGAAAUUCAGAUGCACAACUUAACACUACCACCCUUCACCACCCUGAAAUUCAGCGCCUUCCCCAGCGGUUC